CUCCGGGUCAAUCCAUUUUGAGUGGGCGAUCGGUUCCAUUCCGAGUGGAGCUGCUUCGUCUGCGCGAGUGUGUGUGUCUGUCAGGCUGUCGGAAGCCAUCGCCCAAGUCGAUCGGAGGCUCCGUGUGGUCGCUGUCGUCAGCUGUCUCAAUCUGGCCAACCUGUCAGCCCACCCCACGAUCCAGACGGUCUGUAAGUUCUGCCGACGGGCCCCUUGGAGGAUGAGCGAUGUCCCCACGCUGGACUAUGAGAUGCUGUCCCCGGGGCCCUCACUGUCCGGGGCCCCCACCAGCCCCCCGCUCUCGGGCGACGCGGAGCAGAAGACGGCCUUCGCCUUCGUAGGGCUCCUGCUGCUCUUCCUGGUCUUCCUGCUGGUGCGCUGCUUCCGCAUCCUCCUGGACCCCUACAGCCGCAUGCCCGCCUCGUCCUGGACCGACCACAAGGAGGGGCUGGAGAGGGGUCAGUUUGACUAUGCGCUGGUCUAGGAGCGAGAGGACGGGACAGCUGCCUUAACCUGUACUGCGCCGAGGUGACCCUGCCGCACACACACUUCAGUCCUGGCUGCCCCGUUCUCUCUACCACCCACACAUGAACAGGGUACCAGAGCGGGAGGAGGUGCAAUGCACCCUCUUCUCAUUCUGUAUUUUUUUUCCCCACAAUCCCACAGAUAGUGAAUAAGCACCAUUAGCAUAGCAUUUCCUGUUGAGCAUCUCUUGAAAAUGCCCCAGCAGCGACCCUGUGAGAGAGGAAUAUGCGUAUUGGAAUUGGAGCAUGGUGUCUCUCCCUUUCUCCAUUUCUGGUUGAGAAGUAGUUUCAUGCUGCUGGGCUGAUGACAGAGUCAUUACAAAUAUAACCUCCCCAUCCUGUCUACUACUGUCCUGUAGUGCUUAACAUUAGAGCCCUGGGGAGGAAAAGAUGAAGAAAUUAUUCAUGAAGUAGCUGUAACAUGCCAAUAUCUGGUAAUAUGUUUGACUGCAUUAUGCUCAUGUUUGGAAUCCCAGGGGUUUUUUGCAUUGAAUAUGUGUUCUACUACCUGCUGACAGCAUAAAACUGCUACCCCAAAUAUAUAUUUCUUAUCUGCCUGCUGGACAAAUGAAGGGAAUGGAUCGGUCCUGUAGGGGCAUUGUCCCUGGAGUUGUUGUAGUACUGCGGUUCUUUCCUGUAAUUGUCCA